AUGAACCGUUUUAUUGCUCGGAGAGGAAAGCCGCAUAACGUCUUUUCUGACAACCUUACUACUUUCGUAGGUGCCUUCAACGAGCUAGCUAGCCUUCUUCCUCAAGAUUUGCAACUGAGUUCUAUUGAUACAGCCAACAUCUCCAACUUACAACGGAACGAACGAAAUGGCUUCGGAAGGGUUGCCGACAUCCGCACACGUAGAGGCGUCUUACGACGAGCUUUAAAUACCAUCUGCCCUCUUCUAGUCAAUGCUGUUGAAGAAACUUCAACCGGGGGAGCGGUAUGUAAUGUUCGGGUGUCAUUGACCUCACACGCGGGGGCGUCAGUUCCCCCACUACUAUCUCUCAUCACGGACGGACCCGUGGAUCAACUUUAUAUAGAUAUUUUGGACACAAUAAUACAUUGGAAAGUCGAAAUAAAAGAUCAAGAAUGUUUAGAAGCUGUGGUCAUGAGUUUAGUAUCUACCGUCGUGGAGAAACAUACAGACAGAAUGUUGAUGGACAGACUUAUACAAUUAUUAGAUAUGUAUGGAAAUAUAGUCACUAUACCGUGGAUGUGCUUGGAAAAAUAUUUUACAGGAUAA